CCGGGACGCGCAGUCCCCGUGUCGUCGGGGCUCCGGGCGGGCAGGCGCCGCCGGGUGGAGAUGGGCUCCCGCCGGAGACCCCUGAGCCGCUCCUACUCGGUCAACGGGCGCUACUCGCUCUACAGCCCCAGCAGCGCCCCGGGCCCCGGGGCCGAGAGCGAGGAGUGGGAGGGGCCCGGCUGGAGCACCCGGCCCGACAGCCGCAGCUACCUGCUCAGCAUCCGGCCCGAGAACAGCUUAUCAGGCAACCGAUUAUCUCCCUCCAGCUUUAGAAGGAGCACCUUCUGCACAAUCAUUGCUCAGCUGACUGAGGAGACCCAGCCACAGUUUGAAACUACCCUCAAAUCUCGUGCUGUAUCUGAGGACUCUGAUGCCAAAUUCACAUGCAUAGUAACAGGCUACCCCCAGCCAGAAGUGACCUGGUAUAAGGAUGAUGAGGAGAUGGACCGAUACUGCGGCUUACCGAAGUAUGAGAUUUUCCGGCAUGGAAACCGCCACACCCUGCAGUUAUACAAAUGCAGAGAGGAUGAUGCGGCCAUUUACCAGGCCUCUGCUAGGAAUACCAAAGGCAUUGUGUCCUGUUCCAGUGUCCUGGAAGUGGGAACCAUGACGGAGUAUAAAAUACAUCAGAGAUGGUUUGCCAAACUCAAGCAAAAGGCUGAAGCCAAGUUGCAUGAAAUAGAGCAGAGCCGAAAAAGAGGGAAAGAAAACAUGGAGGUGGAGAAGUUGAGGAGGACAAGUCCUGAGAGAUUCCAGCGAAAGCGCCGGCUGACUGGGAAUUUGAACCUGCGUUCAGGUGUCUCCCUAUGGGACAAGGAAGAUGUAGCAAAGGUGCAUGUUGUGGAUCCUAAGUCAAGGUUACGGGAAGAUGUUGCAGAGCCCAAGGAGCCAUCCUUAAAUGCAACCGCUGGAUUUUCAAACAACUUCCUAACAAGGCCUCAGGAUGCAGAGGUGACCACCAAUGGAGACUCCUCUAUGGAAAGCGGGGAGGAAAAUGGAAAUAGCUUUUUCACAUACAUCUAUGAGACGGUGGAGGAAAUAACUACCAAGCCCACCACCAGAGAGUCCUUUGCUAAAAAGAAGAAAAAGAAAGGGGAAGAGCCUGCUGCUGUCAUGGCAGCAAAGCAGGACGUUUCAAGUCAAGAAAAUGGGCUGAUAGAGAGCCAAAAUCUCUCCCAAAGUCAAAGAAAUGCCCCUUCCGUUACCCUGCCAGGGAGCAUGCAGUCAGUAGCUGCAAUCAGCCAGCUGGUGGGAGAUGUUCCAGAAGUCAAAGAACUUGGAACGCCCAGCAGUCAGGAUGCUGAAACUGGCAAACCUCAGCCAUGUUCCCCACCUUCCAGGGGUGACACUUAUUUCCCCUUGGCAGAAAUGUAUCUUGAGAGUGGAGCAAAACAUGUAAUGGAAGAGAAGAUGCCACAAACUCCAGAAGAAGCCGAGAAUAGGACUCAGCUGCAGUCUCCGGCUGUGAGCAUUAACAGGCAAAGAGAGAUUCUUCCACCAGCAUCUGACGUGUUCCUAGUAGGGGCUGUAGCAGGAGAGGAACAGAAAGGCCAACCUGUGGAACGGGAACUGGAGGGAAAUGAGGCCAUAGGUACUAAGGCAACCAAAAAGGAAAGUAAACUGCAUGGAAAUUUGAACAAGAAGAGAGUUGACCCUCCUAGCGGGACCCUGAAACUGAGCUCUGAGAUGCGGCACUCCCUCCUAAUGGGAAAUGCGUCAAGGACUUCUUGCAUCUCCUCGUGCAAAAACGUCCAAGAAACAGACUUGCUGGACUCUGUACAACUGAACACCAAGCAACCCCUUCAGCAUGCUACCCCAUCUCUGAAUCAAGUGGCCCCGUGUCUGGAUGAGUCCCAGCUGAGACAGGAGGCGGGAGGAAGCUUGCUUCAGGGCUCCCUGGAAGAACAGGUGAUCUUCAAAGUGCCAUGUGAGGCUCAGGAGGCAGUGAGGCAGGUGGUGUCCUCCACCAGUGACCUGAAACAUUCAGCAUUAGAGCCAACGGAGAACACUAAUUCUCAAGCCAGCCAGUUAAAGGAACUCACAAGAAGGAAGCCCAUCUGCAUGGAGAGAGAGACAGAGCAGUCUGAACAGCCAUCCAGCCCCAGGCUGCGAGGAACAGGGAUGCUAAAAAUAAGCCAGGAGAGUUCCCAGAGGCCUCUGGCAGGUUCUCCUGGCCUCACACAGCCCAGCUGGGAGGAACAUCCACCUUGGAAAGAGGAGGGAGCAGGGCAUUCCCUGAAUUUCCCAGGCAAAGAGACCCAGCAAAGACCAACUCCAAGUGAGGAGAAUGAGGAGCUAGCUACAGCUGGAUCAGCAUUGAAGAAAGCAAGUCGUAUGCCUGGAGGCAAAGCCCUGCUUAAACCAGGUGCCUACUGGAGUGGAAGGGGGGAGGGUGAGAAGAUUGCUCAGCCAUUAACUGCAGAAACAGAGCCAGCUGGAAGCUGGUUAGGGGACAGCUUGUCCUGCACAGAGGUAGAGGAGAGCCCUAUGGAGCUCUCCCAUGAGACCUCACAGCAAGCAGAUGGAGUGGUGGGUGGGGUGUCCUGGGUGCCUAAACAGGCAGCUCCAGUCUCCACCCAGGUGAGUAAGGAAGAGCUGCAUCCCAUUGCCAUUGCAGAGAUCUCAGAGUCUGUGGAAGCACCAGGCUCAGCUUCCCCUUCUCCAGUCAAAGAAGCCCCUGCUGGUGGGAAACAAUCAGCAGCCCAGCCGUCAGGUGACGUGAAAAGAGAAAUGGAGACUAGGAAAACAAAUGAAUCUGCACCAAGGCUGGCUGCUAUGCCUCACCGCGAACGGCUUCCAGUCAGCCCUGCCAUGGAGCGCAGUGCCAAGCUGGCACCUUUGUCACUGACUCCUGAGAGUUGGGAGGAAAGUGAGCAGAGAGCUGUGACUCCAGGCAAAGAGCCAGCGGCUGCAGCUGGGAGAAACAGCAUGACCUCUACAAGUACAUCUGAACUGAAAACGGAGGCACCACUCGCUCCACGGGCUGAAGAGAGAACUCCGGAUGGAGAGGUAUCCCUGGAGCACAAAGUACAGCACAGAAACCUAGUGUCCUCCUUGAAGAAUUAUUUACUUCUGCUUUUAAAAAUGUCGUCAUCAGAGCCAGAUAAAUGUAAGGGCCCCACAAAGAAGGACACUGAGACUGAAGAGAAAGAGAGCCAGCCUGCUGGGGAGGAGAAAGCACUGCUGGAAGUGGGCAUUGCAGGGCUAAGCCCCGGCACAUCAAGGAAAAUCUUAGAAAGGGUGCAAAAUAACCAGCUCUUCCAAAGUGCAGAGAGCUUGCAUUUAAGCCCCAGAACGUCUAGAAGGCUCACGGGAAUGAUUAACCAAGAAUUAGUUACCAGCAAAGAGGCUCUGGGUAUCAGUCCUUUAGCAUGUAGCACACUGCCAGCCAGGGAGGCAUCUGAACCAGAAGGAUCUGCCCUGCUCUCUGUUCCUUCUAUCGUGGUGGGUAACGUGUCCCUGGAGGGAACAAGACAGGCAGACGAUGGGCUUUCUGAUCUGCAUCUCGAAAGCAGCACGAAGGAGAACUCCCAUGACCUGGUUGCAGCAUUACCUUGUGCCACACCAGAGGAGCUUGCCUCCGGGGCUCGACGCAAGAUAUACUUGGCCAAAAGCAAGCAGCUGGAGGAGGCAGAGGCUGCAGCCUCGGAGAGCCAAGUGCAUCUGAAGAGGGACAGCCCCACCGUGUCUCCCCGACAGUCCAGGAAGAACCCAGCUCUGUUACAAGCCCCUGUCCCAACUCUGUCUCCUCCUAUGGACCGACACUCCCCAACCCUCCCCAGAAAGAUGGCGACACUUGAAGUUCCCAAGGCGUACGAGGAGCCCUCAGAGGAAAUCAGUGGGACCCCGGAAGGCCCUGAAGUUACCAAGCAGGAAGGACAGGCAGGGGAGUCAAGGAAAACAAACAAUCCAUUUAAAGCCCCCCAGCUGAUUCGUAAGAUCAGAGCAGAACAAUUUUCUGAUGCGUCAGGAAACCUGAAACUUUGGUGCCAGUUCUUCAAUAUUUUGAGUGACUCGAAGCUGACGUGGUACAAGGAUGAGUUCCCUGUAGCAGAAGCCAGACGGAGCUCAGGUGAUGAGGGGCAGGCAGCCCUGGCCAUUGUGCAGGCAUCCCGGAAGGACUGUGGCGUGUACAAGUGCACCAUCGAGAAUGAGUAUGGCACCGACUCCACCGACUUCCUGCUCAGCGCAGAAGUGCUCUCGGGAUUCGUCUCCAGAGAAGAAAUUGAAGUUGGCGAGGAGAUCGAGAUGACCCCCAUGGUGUUCGCCAAGGGCCUGGCUGACUCAGGCUACUGGGGGGACAAGUUCUUUGGGCGCGUUGUGAGCGAGGACAUGGAGGUGGGCGCCGGCUUCCUGCGCAAAGCCUGCCGCGCCAGGAUAAUCUACGGCCUGGAGCCUGUCUUCGAGUCCGGCCGGACCUGCAUCAUCAAAGUGCACAACCUCAUUGUCUUCGGGACCAAGAACGAGAACACGCUUAUCGAGAAGAACUACGACAUCACCAUCCAGGAGUGCAAAAUCCAGAACUCGAGCCGAGAGUACUGCAAGAUCUUUGCCGCUGAAGCACGGGCCAUUCCAGACUUCGGAGCAGUGCCCGAGAUCAUACCUCUGUAUCUCAUUUACCGACCUGCCAACACUGUCCCAUACGCCACCAUCGAGGAGGACCUGGCAGGGCCCUUUGAGCGGUACUGCGUGAAGGAGCGGGACGGCAGCCUGGCUGUGCAGAGCAGCUCAGAGAUCGCACAGAAGUGCUGCGCCUUCCAGCACUGGCUCUACCAGUGGACAAAUGGAAACAUCCUUGUGACUGACAUGGAAGGCGUUGGGUGGAGGAUCACAAAUGUGAGGAUAGCUACAAAGCUGAAAGGGUACCAGGGGCUGAAGGAGAGCUGCUUCCCGGCCCUGCUGGACCAGUUUGCUGCUGCCCACCGGUGUAACCGCUAUUGUGAGAUGCUGGGCCUGAAGAGUCUGGAGAGCCUGCAGCAGCCAGCCAAACCCAAGGGCUCCAAGAGCCCCUCCCUGGGCAGGAAGGCCCCCUCAGCCCAGUCCAGCCCCCAGCUGCAGAAGAAAGGCCUGGCAAGCCCCCAGGGCACCCGGAAGGGCGCCGUGAGCCCCAAAGCCUCCCGGAAAUCCACUGAAGCUGGGGAGGCCCAGCCGGCCCCGAAGCACAAAGCGCUGGAGAGCGACAGGUCCAGCCAGCUGCAGUAGUCAGAGCCUUGGUGCAGCCACGCAGGCAGCGUUGCCGCCGCGCACACCUGGAAAGGGGACCCAGCUGCCGCUUCUUCCUGUGGCUCCCAGCACGCCCCCCCCGCGCUGCGCUCUGUGUGGUGUGCGAGUGAAGCAGUGAAUAGGCUGGCGCCAGUGCGGAGGGGCCCUGGGUAGCCGCGUGGUCCGGAGCUGGCUCGGUGCACGGCAGGGCCUGCACAGCUGCUGCAGGGAGCAUGGCAGCUCAUCUCUGUUACCUCUUUAAAGAAACAGCUCAUCCAGGCCAGCCAGCCUGCCAAGAAGCCCCAGCUGCCAGGGCCAUGCAGGCGCCACAGAGCCCUGUGCAGAUGGUAUUGGGGCAGUGUGCCAGCCUGAUCACCAGGGAGCACUGGCCAUUGCCUGAUGGUGACCCUGAGGCUCGUUUUCCGAACCCCUCCUUUAGACUGUGCUGGCUUUUCUCUGGCUCUGCUCUGACGCCUGGCCCUGGUGUUCUCUGCUGGCGACCCCUGGAGGAGAGCGAGCAGGCUGGUGCUCCUUUGUGUGCCACGAGGAAUGUGCUGCUCUACCCUGCCAGCCUACAGCUGGCUACAGUGCACUGACCCCACUCGGGCAUGUGUGCCACAAAGGCUUGGUAGCUCUUUGGUCCCCCCGGCUUGCAGCACCUCCUGGUGUUUUCCUCCCAGUGGAAAUCUCUGACCUCAGGUCCCUCAUGGGCCGUACAUAGGCCCUACUAACCUCUGCUGUAGCUUCCCUGAGCCCAGCUAGUUCAGCACUUCUCUCCGGUCCCACCCCAUACACAUUACCUACUCACUAAUCUGUAGGGGGAGCAUAACUAGACAGCCUGCUUGGUCCCUCUUUGCCCCGUGGGGAUGGCCCUGUGUUUUCGGUGGUUCUCCGGGCCCGGAAAGUCUGGCAGCAUCCAGCCCUUGCUACAGAACCAUGUGGCAGAUUCUUCGCUUUCCCUGGUGCAAAGCGGUGCAAAGCCAGUCUUCCACGUGUGUGUCACCUGUUACUAACACAGCAUUGUCUGCCCGAGUCAUUGCCCGGGGCCUCUCAGCUGGGAGUGUUAACUUUGGAGUCUACAGGGUGCAAUUAAAAUGUCACCAUUUAGUUCCCUGUCGAUUAUUGUAGUGGAAGUGCUUGGGGUGUCUGCAUUGUAAUGUACCAAUCACAAUGGUAGGUGGGUGCCAGUCUUGCCAGCACAGAGGGGCAGGUGGGGGGAGAAACGCUGAGUUCAAACCUCCUGCUCCUCCAAAAAGGAUGAAGAGAGGCUUCUUGGGAGCUUGUUCAACUUAGUGCAGCCUCAAGGCUGUUCUACCUCAUGCUGGGGGUGCCAGUUCAGCUCCCAGGCUCAGCGGUGGAAAGAUGGUACAUUCCCUAUCGCCCCUGUAUGCCAAGAGCUGCUUUGGUGCACCUGGGCACCUAGCCCAGUAAUUUAGCAUUCAUCUGGCCUUAUCGCUCACCCCUUUGGAUCCAGGGAGGGUCCGAACCCACCUUCCCAGCUGUGCCCUGUCGGCUCUGCCCUGCCUCUACACACCCUUCCGCUCCUGGGAUCAACAGGCAAGCCCUUCCUUUGCCUCUCAGAGACAGCCCCAGCCCUGCAUGCUUCUCACUCCCCAGGCCUAUAAGCCCUGCCCCCACAGGCCUCCAUUCUUCUGGUUUGUCUCUAGGUCUCGUGGCUUCAGUGCUGGCAUGUAGCUGCGCCGGGGGCAGGGAGCAAGAUGUGCCUAUGGCUUACGCUGCCAGACUUUGGCUCAGGCACAAGUUCUCUUGGCUACUGCCUCCCAGCGUGGCUGGCAGCAGGCCUGUGGUCUUGUUUAAAGGGGCAGACAUGGGCCAUGUGCCCUCUUCUUGCUUCUUCAUGGCAGGGGUUGGGGGCCUGAGAAUGCCCUGUCUGCUGGUUCCAUUAGAAUGCAGGUCCUGUCUGGGCUAGGUGAAGUGAGGGCACCACAGCUGCCGAGCAGCAGGGGCUCGUUUGCAUUAGCAAUUUGCUCUAAGGUUGGUUGGUUGCUUAUUGCCUGGGGGGGGGUCACUGCCACAGUGUUUGUGGCUCACCCCAGGCUCGGCCUAGGCAAGCAGGUCAGUGGAGAUGAAACUUUAGUGGAGACAAGCCCGUUCUGUGAGUGUGAGCUGCUGUUGGUUGGUUGGCAUGUUGGUAACAGUGCUAACGACCCCGGAGCAGGGAAGGCUUCCCUAUAGUGACAGGGUUAUGGGCUCACAGCAGCCAGCCUGAGUCUUCCCAACAGCCGUGGCAGGGCAAAGCCUCACAGCGCAGACACGGCCUUUGGCUGCUCCUGCAGGGAAAGCGUAAACAGAGCCAACCUUGGAAACAAACGAGCCCCCCACCCCCAUCCUUCUCCCACACAAAGCUGCUGAAAGCCCGGGUUUGCAACCCCCCAUAGGCCUCAUCCUCGCCAGGAAAGGCCAGCCGACAGGAGGGGAAGCCCUAGUGCAGACAUGGCUGGGGGUAGUUUUCAUGUGACUUAUCUCGACCUGCUAUUUUGUAUGAAAGCUACAUGCUGCCUUGGCUGCUCUAGGGUUGAGUCUGGUUUGCUUACCCGCCUGCUCACCUGCUCGGGUACCGCCAGCAGCUGACAUAAUGCCCCAGCGCAGUAACAGGUGCAGCUGGAUUUCCUUCUCCCUCUUGAUCCCUGCUCGCAGGAGGACAGGGAGGGCUCACCUUUGGGCUGUGUUUUACGAGAGGGAAUAAACAGUAGCUCUCUUGCUGUGAAUGCCUAGCAGUGCCAAGGCACAGGGAGGAGUUUUUCCUGCUGUGUAGCUGGGGAGGUCAGUGCUGUACCCCCCGCAGGUGCCCUUGCCUAGCUGCACUGCAGUUAAAGCUACCCCUGCCUUGUCUCCACUAGGAUCCCACAGGAGCUAGCUGGGGCCUGUUAACUCACUGUAAAAACUCCCCUCUUCUAGCAGUGACCGCAGGCUGAGCCGCCCGCUAGUACAGUUAAUGGUCAGUCUGGGCUGGCUCCGGGGGAGGGGAGCUGUUGAGCCCUUGUCCCGUUGGGCUCAAAGCACAGAAUAGCUGUGACCAUGGAGCAUGGGACCGGGAUGCCACAGAACUUCAGUCCCAUUGGAGGUGACGGUGCUGGCAGCAGCAGUGUUGUGGUGAUAAAACGCCGGGUGCCCAGCCAAGACUGCAGGCCCGGCUGCCUGGGCUAGGGAGCUGCCCGACUGGUGCUUCGCACUUCAUGGCUGCGGCUGCACUUCACCCUUCUGCCAGGGCUCUGUCAGCCCGUUGUAAGAUAACCGUGUACAUACUCGUCUGUGUAUUGGCAACUGGGUGUGCACGAAUGCAAUAAAACGCGAUGGACUGGCCUGCUCUCCAGUGCAUCUCUCCCGGCUGGAGGGGCUGAGAUACCCCUCCUUCCUGCUGUCCCGCUAGCUGGGGGGUGAUAUGGUACCUAGCAGUGUGUUGCCCAAAGCUCAGCAUAGCAGGUGUUUGUUUCCAGGGCAGAGGAGGGGGACUGUGUGUGGUGCUGGGGGCAAAGGAGAAGGGGUUUCAUUUUUCUAGUCUGUUUGCACCCACUCGCAGGUGUAGGGUAGGCGACACCAUCUGGGUCGUGAGACCAGUGCCUCAGCCAGCACCUCCCUGGCACAGCUGCAGCCCCCAUCCCAAGGCAGGUACAAACUCUGGGGAGUGCAGUGACGAGACCCAAUGGAUCUCAGUCAUCCCUGCUGGAACACCAUUGCCUGCUGGUGAGUUACACCAGAGCCUGGCCAGCAAUUUGAAGCCCCCACUCACAUGGCUGCAGUGACAUUGGUUCCUGAGCCAUCAAGUGGGGCUGCGUUCUGCCCUGACGUAUGAAAAGUUGGAGCCCUUUGAAAUCUUCCUUCUCUCUCAUGGAGCUGCAUCCCUUCUCAUUCUUCAGAUCAUACAUUCCAAAGCCAGCAAGGACCGUGCUCACCAUCCUGCUGACCGUGUGUGUAACGCAGGCUGGAGAAUGUCCCUGAAUGAAUUCCUUUCUGAAAUCCAGUUCUCAUUCUGUGUUCAAGCCUGCUGAGCUCUGGCCCUCAGCGCUUGGGGCAGGGAGUUCCACAGGUUCCAUUUAUAAACUAUAAUGUGUUUAAAAGCAGUCCCCUUUUUCCAGCUGGAAAGUUGCUGCUUUUCUAUUUCACUGGGCUUCCCUUUGGGCUGCUUGCCUGGGAGUGUAAACAAAAGCCCCAAACUAACCUUACAUAUCUCUCCAUGUCCCCUCUUUUCCAAACUCUAUAUGGCUAAGCUGUUCAGUCUCUGCACAGGAAAACCUUCCCCCAGCUGUAUUCUGCCUCAUCUUUGCACCUGCUCUCUGGCCACCAGGAUUUCUGAGCUGGGGUAACCAGACCUGAACACGGCAGGCUAGGAGAGAAUGUACCAGCGGUUUAGAGAAUGGCACAAUCGUGUUUUCACUGCUCUUCUUAAUCCCAGUCCUUAUGCACCUAAACAUGUUGCUGGCGCCUGUAACUGGUCGUGCUGCACAUUGGGCAGAGGCUUUCACUGAGCUGCCCACAGGGACGCCCAGCUCCCUUUCCUGGGGCCACAUAGAUAAAUUAGACCCCUGGGAUGCAUAGUAGUAGGAUUCCCUCUAAGGCGUAUUAAACUGUAUUAUUCACCAGUGAAGUGCUGGAUCAGGUCCCGCAGAAGUGCCUUGCAGUCCUCUCUGGGCUUGACUAGCGUAAAUACUGUUGUGCCUUCUGAACGCUCGUUAAUAAACGUAUUGAGCCACACGAGCCUUAAGAUGCAA